AUGAGCAGCCCCAAGCGGAGAAUCGAGACCGAUGUUAUGAAGCAAGAAUUCUACGUCCGCUUCAAGGGCCCUGAGGAAACUCCAUUCGCUGGUGGCCACUGGAAGAUCCACGUCGAACUCCCCGAUCAAUACCCAUACAAGAGCCCCAGCAUCGGGUUUGUCAACCGGAUCUUUCACCCGAACAUCGAUGAGCUCUCCGGCUCUGUCUGCCUCGACGUCAUCAACCAGACCUGGUCCCCCAUGUACGACAUGAUCAACAUCUUCGAGGUCUUCCUCCCUCAGCUCCUCCGCUACCCCAACCCGUCCGACCCUCUCAACGGCGAAGCAGCAGCCAUGCUCAUGCGCGAGCCUAAGACCUACGACGCAAAAGUGAAAGAGUAUGUCGCCAAGUACGCCAGCAAAGAAGCCGUCGACGAAGCCGGCGAAGACACCGAGUCGGACGACGAGCUGAGCUCGGCCGGAAGCUAUGAAUCCGAUGGCGAGGAGCCGGCCGGUACGAUGGAUGAUGUUUAG